AUGGUGGUGACAACUGAUGGGUCAUCACUGACCUAUGAACGCCUUGCAACCUGCUCUGUAUUCGUUGCACGAGGCCUUCUGGCUUUGGGUGUGUCGUCGAAGCAGCCGCUGCUGAGCCACAUGCGGCGAGGCGGCCUUCUAAGACCAUUCAAGCUUAUACGCAAGAACAUGCUGGAAUCCACAAAGAUGUUGGGAGUAAAGCAUCAGAUCGCUAUUGACAUUUUUGUAUUUGUCGAUAAAUUAGGUCAGAGUCAGAUUAUUAUGUAUAGGUCCGAUGCAGGCACAAGAAGGUGCCUUGUAGGAUUUAUUGCAAGUGGAAGCGGGUUCCAGUUCCCGUCAUUUCUUUUCGUGUUUGGAUGGCAGGUUGUGAAUGGUAUAUCCUGUACGUUGCUCUAUCCCGUCUCGGUGUACCUUUGGCCUCUUGCCUGA